AACUCAUUUCUCCAUUAACACAACAACCAUUUUCACCUUCAAAAAGUAAUUUUCAUUCUUUCCAAUUUGGGAAAACAAUAAAAUAAAAACAUGGAAAUUUUUAGAAAACUAAGUCUAAUACUUCUCUUUUGUCUCAUCACAUUUUCCUCUGAAAUUGUUCACACAGCUGGUGAUGCUGCUCAUCAUCAGAACAAUGACAAGCAAAAAGAUCAAUCUCCUACACAAAUGCUAGAAGAAGCCUAUUCUAUGCUUGUUACAUCUUCAUUGCGUUCUUGGGAUAUGGUUAAGUCCUAUAUUAAUCAACUUCAGUUUAAGUAUUUUCCUCCAAAUGUAGAUUUUAGGAGCAGGGAUGAUGGCAAGGCAAAUGCAGGUGCUCGAGAGAAGAUAAAAGAGGCUACUCAAAAGAGCUUUGAAAAGAGCAAGGAGACCGUAGAAGGAUCCGCCAAAUCUGCUGCCGAGGCAAUGGAGCAGAAAGUGCAGAAAACAGCAGAGAAAGUGAAGGAAACAAUGUCUGCAGGACACAAAACAGCUGAAAAUGUUAAGGAUACUGUGUCUUCUGGACAUGAUGAACUCUGAGAAUAAUGUACCAACAAAACAUAGAAAAACAAAGGAGUGAUUAGCAUUUCCUUUCACUUCUGUAUUCUAAUACUUUUAACAGUAGUUUUUUUUUUGGUAACCGUAGUGUUCGGGCCAACACAGGUUCCUAGUAAUUCUAUCCACCAAAGCUUGGACAGAUUGAAAGAAAUCACAUAGUGAUUUUGUCUCCGCUAGACUUUGAACCUGAAACGUCAUGGUUCUCAACUCACUUUUGUAGUGUUAUACUUUUGACAUUUUUUCCCCUUAGAUCUUUUAUAGCAUCAUAAUUUUCCAUUUGUCUAUAUUCGUAUUUUGAUUACUGUAAAAAUUCCACAAGA